AUGUCUAUGAUGGAGCUGCCAACUGAUGUCAAAAUUGCCGUUAUCGGGGGCUCUGGGCUCUAUGAAUUGGAUGGGCUCACUUUACUGGGUCAAGUCAAUCCAUCCACUCCUUGGGGUCAUCCUUCAGAUGCAAUCACAAUCGCAACCACUCCAAACGGAACCAAAAUCGCCUUCCUAGCUCGUCACGGCAGAGGCCACUACCUAACUCCCACAGAAGUCCCCGUACGAGCGAACAUCGCAUCCCUGAAAAGAAUAGGUGUAGAAGCAAUCCUAGCUCUCUCUGCUGUCGGAUCCCUCCGCGAGGAAAUCAAACCAUGUGACUUCGUACUGCCAUCCGAGAUAAUCGAUCGCACAAAGGGUAUCCGCGACUCGACAUAUUUCGAACACGGUCUGGUAGCACAUGUAGGAUUUGCAGAUCCAUUCGAUAAGGAGCUGUCGAAUAUAGUUGUCGCUGCUGCAAAGACAUCGAUCCCGGAUGUCAAGAUACAUGUAGACAAGACGCUUAUAUGUAUGGAGGGGCCCGCAUUCAGUACACGUGCUGAAUCGCACAUGUAUAGAUCGUGGGGUGGGGACUUGAUCAACAUGUCUGCAAUCCCUGAAGCGAAACUGGCUAGAGAAGCUGAAAUCGCAUAUCAGAUGGUGUGCAUGUCUACUGACUAUGAUUGUUGGAAGGAGGAUGAGGAGGCUGUUACGGUGGAGGCAGUCAUGAAGAGGAUGACGACUAACUCGGCUAAUGCUAAGAAGCUGUUGUUGGCUGCUAUUCCGAUAUUGGAAGAGGCUAUAAAUACUAGUGCUAUAAAGAGUGUCAGUCGGUUGAAGGGAAGUAUGAAGUUCGCUGUGAUGACGGCGCCAGCAAAGAGGAGUCCGGAAGCGGUCGAAAAGUUGAAUUAUAUCUUGCCUGGGUACUAUUGA